AUGAGGAGGGCGCUCCGGUGCUGCUGGGGGGGCGCCGGGCAGCCGGAGGGCGCGGGCUCCCCGUGCAGCCUCGCCCGCUACAAAGCCAUCACCAAGUGGCACCGGGCGGCCAGCGCGGGCGAUGCGGCCCGAGUGCGGAAGCUGCUGGUCCGGGGGAAGGCGGACGUGAACGCCGCGGACAGGCAUGGCCGGACGGCUCUGCAUUUUGCCUGUGCCUAUGGCCACCCAAAAGUGGUGGCUCUCCUUCUGAGAAGGGGUUGUGACAUCGAUGCUGUUGAUAGUGAUUGCAACACAGCUCUGAUGAAGGCUACCCAGUGCCAACAAGAGGACUGUGUGUGUAUUCUGCUGGAACAUGGUGCUGAUCCAAACAGGAAAGAUGCCUGUGGCAAAACUGCCCUCCAGCAGGCCGUUUCUAUGGGGAACAUAAGGAUAGCUGCUAAACUGGUGGCAUUUGGGGCCCACGUGGACAACAUCAGAAAGGAUAUCCUGUUAGAAAUUAGCAAUGCUGCCAAGGAAGAUGAACAGCGCAUGAGCAACACAUCAUUAAAGCGUGAAGAAAAUGAAGGCGAAGUUGAUGAGAUGGAAAAGAAAUGCCGAGGACAAGAGGAAAGCAACAAAGAAGAAGCUAGUGCAUCUCAUGCAAAUGUUCCAGAAGAAGACCAAGGGAACCACAAACUCCACAUGAAAACACAACUUGAAGCAGAUAUGAAGCCACCUGAUAGGGAAUUGAAUGGUUCAAAGGUAAACAUGAGUGAGGAUGAAGCCUUGGCAAUUACCACUCCUGAAAAGGAAUGUGAACACCAGAAGACAGAAGCAACAUUAAAGAAUGAAGAAAAUGAAGGCAAAGAUGAUGAGAUGGAAAAGAAAUGCCUAGAACAAGAGGAAAGCAACAAAGAAGAAGCUACUGCAUCUCAUGAAAAUGUUCCAGAAGAAGAGCAUACUAACAAACUCCACGUGAAAACACAACUUGAAGCAGAUAUGACGCCACAUGAUAUGGAACUGAAUGUUUCAAAGGUAAACGUGAGUGAG